AUUAUAAAAAUAAGGCUUCUUUGGCUGUCACUUCCCAGGUUCAGCUGUAAUAAAGCACCAGAAACAGUAAUUGAAACCGGUUCAUUGAUUUCGCUCACAUCCAUUACUGAGCGGCAUCACUAGGACCCUGCAGCAAUCUGGCAGUAAGUGAGCCUUCUCUUGUGCUCCGCCCCCAUCCCAUCACGUUUAGAGCUUCACCCUUCGCUGCACUCAAGAGUGUUGUUCGUCGUUUCCCCUCGCACUCACCCUUUUGCCUUUCGUCCUCUCUGCUCGUGAACCCCCCCCUCCCUGGAUGUGGAGACUGCCGGUGCUGACGUUUCCAGAGGCAGGAGCCGUGCGAGUAAAAGCCAGUGUGUGUGAGAGAGAGGAGACUACUCCAGAGACAGGGCUGCUGCUCCUGAUGCCGCAGAAAGGGAAAGCAGUUUGUGCAUCUGUCAUGGGCAGGCAAGGCUACACCGAAUCUUCCAUUUAUUGGGAGAGGGUCUAAAUAUAUCUCGUUCUUCUAAAAUGGUGCAGUAAAAUGGUUUUGCCUAGAGAAGGGGGUUCUAAGAAUGCAGCUGGAGCAGUGUUAAACCUGAAGUCAGAUGUUGGUGCAGCAAAUGACUAAAGCUUCUAAAAACUGCAGUGCUGCCUGCCCUCCAUCCCCCCUGUAAGUGUCACCUCAUGGUAUCUGCAGCCUGUCUGCCACUAUGGUUCUCCGUUCAAUGCAAAACAGAAAAUGAAAAAUAAAAUCAGGAAUAAUUGGAAAGGCAGCUGCUGGAUUUCAGAAAAUGUCGAUGUACAAAUACACAGAAUGGAAGAACAAUCUUUACUAAUCAACAUGGAAUGAAUUUUACUUUACUGGAUGCAUCUGACAUUUGAAUUGCUGGCAAACGGCAAAAAUAUAUCAAUGGCAUUUUAUAAAGUAUAAUUUUGAAAUGUGCUACGUUCAGGAAUAAUUCAAGAACUUAAUUAUAAUGUAUGAUUGAUUUAACCGCAACAUAUUAUGUACACAAUUUAAGACACAAUAGCUUUUAAAUUAUUUCAUAACCUUAGGUAAACAUGAAAGUUUGUUCAGCAAGAAAUAUAUUACAUUUGUUUAAAUAUGUUGUAAUAUGGCAUGCUUAUAACCACCAAGGUUGUGGCUUAUGAAUUAAUAAUUCCAUAUUAUGGUAUAUUUAAUUAAAAUAUAAUAGAUAAGAAAGUAUAGUCCUGUAUAACACAAAUAUAUGAAUAUAUAAAUAUAUAAUCUAGAUCUAUAACAAUAUGUAUAACUGACUAUUCUCCUAAUGGACCAUGGCUCUAAAUUUAACAGAACACUAUAUUUUUCUAUUUAUUACCAUUGUUUGCUUUUUACUCGUUGAUAAAUCUGCUAGCAAUUCAUCUGACUGGUUGUUACUGACAAAUAAUGUUGCUCAAUAUCACAAAUUAUAUGAAUUUACAUCUGGCACGAAACAGAAGAGUGGCCUUUUGCAUCCAAAUUUGUUCUUUGAUGCUACAGAUGUUCAAGAAUUAAGGCAGAAAUCUCAUACUAGUCACAUACACUUAUUUAGGACAAUUAGAAAUGCUGUAAUGAAGAUGCUGUCUAAUCCAUCAUACUAUUUGCCUCCACCAAAGCAUGCUGAUUUUACUGCAAAAUGGAAUGAAAUUUAUGGAAACAAUCUUCCUCCUUUGGCACUGUAUUGCCUGCUUUCUCCAGAUGAUAAAACAGCAUUUGCUUUUGCACUAGAAUAUAUGGAUAGGAUGGCUAAUUAUAAAGACUGGUUGGUCCAGACUGCUCCUGGCGAUGAAGUACCUCUUGGCCAUUCAUUGACUGGCUUUGCCACAGCCUUUGACUUUCUGUAUAGUUCACUUGAUCGUAAUAAAAGGCAACAAUAUUUGGAAAAAAUCCAAACUGCCAGUGAAGAAAUGUAUGAAUAUUCUAAAAUUCGCUCCUGGGGAAAACAGUUUCUUCACAACCACCAAGCUACUAAUAUGCUAGCACUACUUACAGGAGCUUUGGUUAUACAGGGUUAUAAAGAAGCCCAGGCUAAUCUCUGGAAACAAACUGUGGUUGAUGUAAUGGAAAAGACAAUGUUUCUUCUCAAUCAUGUUGUUGAUGGCUCUUUAGAUGAAGGUGUUGCUUAUGGAAGUUAUACUUCUAAAUCCAUUACUCAGUAUGUUUUUUUAGCACAUCGACAUUUUGGUAUCAAUCACUUUGAGAACAUCUGGUUAAAAAUGCACUUCUACUUUUAUUAUUCUACUCUGCUGCCAGGUUUUCAGAGAACAAUUGGAAUAGCAGAUUCAAAUUAUAACUGGUUUUAUGGUCCUGAAAGCCAGUUAGUGUUUCUGGACACUUUUAUCUUAAAGAAUGGUCUUGGAAAUUGGCUAGCCUAUCAGAUCCGAAAACACAGACCUAAAGAUGGUCCCAUGGUACCAUCCACAGCACAAAGGUGGAGCACCCUUCAUACAGAAUAUCUAUGGUACAAUGCUGAUCUUUUUUUGCAUCCACCUCCUGAUCAAGGCACUGCAAAAAUGCACUUGUUUCCAAACUGGGGCGUUGUGACUUAUGGAGCUGGAUUACCAAAUACUCAGACAAAUACAUUUUUCUCUUUCAAAUCUGGAAAGCUUGGUGGUCGGGCAGUUUAUGAUAUUGUUCAUUUUCAACCAUACUCCUGGGUAGAUGGAUGGAGAAGUUUCAAUCCAGGGCAUGAGCAUCCAGAUCAAAACUCCUUUACAUUUGCUCCCAAUGGACAAGUAUUUGUCUCUGAAGCACUAUAUGGACCAAAAAUGAGUUAUUUAAAUAAUAUUCUAGUUUUUGCUCCAUCACCUACAAGUCAGUGUAAUAAACCUUGGGAAGGACAGUUGGGUGAAUGCUCACAGUGGCUUAAAUGGACAACAGAAGAAUAUGGUGAUGCAUCUGGUGAGAUUAUAACAGCCAAUCAGCAUGAUGAAAUGAUAUUUGUAAGUGGGGAAGCAGUCUCUGCUUAUUCGUCUUCCAUGAGAUUAAAGAGUGUUUACCGUGGUUUACUGCUUUUAAACCACCAGACUCUUCUGGUAAUUGAUCAUAUAGAAAAGUAUCAAGAUUCUCCAAUAUCCCUAGCCAGUGCCUUUUUCCAUAAUCUGGAUAUUGAUUUUAAAUAUGUUGCUUUCAGAUUUUUAAACAAAUACAAUGGCGCCAUGAUGGAUAUUUGGGAUGCUCAUUACAAAAUGUUUUGGUUAGACCAAAAUGGUAAUAGCCCCUCUGCCAGGAUACAAGAAGCAGAGCAGGCUGCUGAAUUUAAGAAGCGCUGGACACAAUUUGUAAAUGUAACCUUUCAAUUAAAUGACAAAAUUUCACGAAUUGCAUACUUAUUCUUUGGGCCAUAUGUUAAUGUAUCUGAUCUAAAAUUUCUAGAUCAUAGUAAAUAUGGGGUUAAGAUUUCCGUUAAAAUUAACAAUACUGAACAUAUUGUAUCUUUAGUAACUGAAUAUAAUGAUUUAGAGGCUCGAUUUAGCUUUCUUGGAUUUGGUGGGUUUGCAAAAGUAGAGAAUCAUGAAAAAAUAGUACGCUUUGGUUUAGGAGUUGAUCAUAAAAGAAAACAUGAAACUGUUGGUUUAAAUAUAUUUCACUUUGGCUUAAAAGUAAAUGUAAUGAUUGGAUUGACAUUGUGCAUAGGUUUGGUAAUUUUAGCAUUUAACUGGAGAUUUUAUAUUUCCUUUAGUAAGCUGAUGCGUUGGAUCCUAGUAUUGAUUAUUACACUUUAUUUUUUUGAAUUACUAGAUGUAUGGAGCACAUGUACGCAACCCAUUUGUGCUAAGUGGAACAGUGAAAUUGCAGACGCUGAAAAUAAAUAUGAAAGGCAAUCUAUAGAUCUGCCAGCUGUAAUUAUCACUUCUCUUCCCAGUUCAGGAGCUGAGAUUUUGAAACAGCUUUUUUUCAACAGCUCUGAUUUCAUAUACAUUAGAGUCCCCACUGCUUACAUUGAUAUUCCAGAUGGAGAGUUUAAGGUUGAUUCAUUUGUCGAUGCAUGCGAAUGGAGUAGUUCUGAUGUUCAGGAAGGACAUUUUAAAUUAAUCCAAGGUUGGCUGCAGUCACUACUUCAGAAUACAAAAAUUCAUUUACAAAACAUUGAUUUGCAUGAGCCUAGCAAAGCAAAACUUUUUCAUCACAGUAUCAUCACUAAGGAUAAAAAAAGAAGAUUCAAAAGAAGGGACCCUUUUCCUGAACAAAAAAAUAGAAUCAAGGGUAGCUAUGACAGAGAUGCAGAGUACAUUAGACACCUUAGGAAACAGUUAAUGAAGUUUCCAAAUGCUCAACCUAUACUUGGUUUAAGCAGUGGAAGCUGGACAUUAAAAGUUCCUUUUAUUCAAAAUAUUAUUGGCCCUUCAUUGAGAGCAAUAUUUGUUGUUCGAGACCCUCGUUCAUGGAUUUAUACAUUGCUAUACAAAAGUAGGCCUAAUCUAUUCUCUUUGAGGAAUAUCCCUCAGCGUUUAUAUGAAAUAUUCAAAGAAGAAGAAGAACAGAAAUGUAAGUCUAAUGCAGGCUACGCAUUUGAAUAUGAAUCAUUAGAAGAUGAACUCUUUGAUUCAGAAUCAAAUCCUCUUUCAAAACUGUCCCACUUGUGGUUAUCAAACACAGCUGCAGCAAGAAGGAUAAACAGAAAUUUGCCUGCAAUAAAUUAUCUCUUGGUUAGAUUUGAAGACAUUAUAAACUCACCACAGAAAACAGCAGAACAAAUCUAUAAAUUCUUUGGAAUACCUGUGUCUCCUGCAAGUUUAAACCAAAUACUCUUUGCCAGUACCACAAACUUAUUUUACCUUCCACAAGAAGGAGAGAUUUCACCAUCGAGUUUAAAUACUUGGAAAUUGAAUAUGCCUAAGGAAGAUAUUAAAUUAAUUGAGAAUAUAUGUUGGACACAAAUGCAACAGCUUGGAUAUACAAAGUAUAUCGAUUAAGGUAUUGGCUGCAGAUGUUCCAAAUCCACUGAAGUGAUAACGCAACCAAAUCCCUUAAAUGGAUUUUCCAAGAAUAAUCCCUUAAAUGCUGCAGGUCAGCAGUCAAUUGCACUAACAAGCUUGAUAUCCUUGAUGGAAUACAAUUACUAUAAAAACAGAUUUUUUUUUAUUCUUAUAUAAUGUAUGUAAAAUGGUCAAGAAACAGUUGCUUUCUUAAAGGAACAGUUCAGUGUACAAAUAAAAACUGGGUAAAUAGAUUGUAUGCGCAAAACACCUUUAGACUAGCUUGAUCUCCUCGUGCCUUGUACAUUGGCUAUGUUACCUGCUACUCGCCCUGGCACCAACUUCCCAGCUAAGGAGUCAGUCAGCGACUUGAAGAGGGGCCACAUGGGAAAUAACUAUUCUCUGAGUUUGCUAUUGUUCUCCAGCAUGCAGGUCAGAUUCAAAAGCAACCAUUAUGACCCAUGUGCCCCCCCCCCCCUCAAGUCAUUGAUUGAAAACCAAGAGAGCUGCAAAGCA